UACAGUGGCAAACUCGUUGGUUCAGUUGUUCGGGGUCUUCACCGGCCUGUUGUCUGCCUCCGGAAACAAUUCUAGCUAGACGCAGAAAGCCGCGGUCUCCGGUUGCGAUAGAAAAUUCCGUGAAUCUCGCUCGCGACUUUGUGUGCUGUGCUGUGCUGCAGUUGAACUUGUUUUAUUUUUGCUAGCGCAUCUUUGUCGAGUUCGAGUUGUUGUUUCGCGUUUGACCGUUGAACAUGUAGUACGAGGUUCUAGUCUUCUUUUCGUCUUCCUGCGGGAUCCUGUUCUGGUUCGUCCAGAGCCUUAGGUGUACUCCGGUGAGGGUCGGCUGUGUGUUGUGUGAGGAAGUGAGUAGUGCGCCCGAGAUUUACCUACAUGAAAAUUGAAGCUAGCCGAACCAAAUUGCAGAACUUGAGAAGGCCAUUCGAUUACCUCGUAGCCUACUUUGCAGUUUCCUUCGAUGAUGAAAUCCAAAUUUGUUUUUCUCCUUGUCUGCAGUAUGUUUGAAUGAUUUUGGGUGUAUUCUCGGAUUCAUAGAACUAGACCGUAAUUAGCUCCGUGUUUUCCAGUUACCCUAAACGAGCAGUGUGUUUUACCUUUCAGCUGAAAAUUAGGUCAGGAAAAACUAAACUAGUGAGCGGUAAACGCCGAAUGCCGGUGGAAAACUUGCGCUCAUACAGAGUGUUGUAAUAGCAGUUCCCACGGGGGGCGCUACCGGUUUGUUCGGUGAACUCGCAACUGAAGACACAAUCCGUGGCCGUUAGACCGCGCAGAGGAGAGCAUAGGUGUGUAGUGAAAGGAGAAAAAACCAGUGCGGUGCCGGUGUCAAUUGGUUGCCUGUUUGGAUUAGGGUCUCCUUUGACUUAAUUCCAGAGGCUACGACGAUACGGUGGGUGCAGCUGCUUUGGUUGCGGAGAACCGUGUCUACUUUCCUGAACGAGUGUUGCAACACAAUACGGAUUGAAGCAACUCGCCAAAAUUACACACCAACAUGGAGCGAGGACUUCAUGAUCGAGACCGAGUAGGACUUCAGGAUCAAGUCCUACUCGAAAAUUACCAGAGCGAGGAUGCCUUCAUCGAUAAUCUGAAGAAACGCUUCCAGGAAAAUUUAAUUUAUACCUACAUUGGCCACGUUUUAAUAUCCGUCAAUCCGUACAAGGAGUUGCCCAUCUACACGGAGGAUGAUGUUAAGGAGUACCGGAAGCGACACUUUUUCGAAGCCCCCCCGCAUGUGUUCGCGCUGAGUGACAACGCGUACCGUUCACUGACCGAGGAAAACCGAGGCCAGUGCAUCCUCAUCUCAGGCGAGAGCGGUUCGGGCAAGACGGAAGCGUCCAAGAAGGUUCUGCAGUUCAUUGCCGCCGCCACCGGUCACACCAAUCGAGUCGAAGGCGUCAAGGACAAGUUACUGCAGAGCAAUCCAGUGCUGGAGGCUUUCGGUAAUGCCAAGACCAACCGGAAUGACAAUUCCUCUCGUUUCGGGAAGUACAUGGAUGUGCAGUUCGAUUACGCUGGGGCGCCCGAGGGUGGUAACAUUUUGAACUACCUGCUGGAGAAGAGUAGGGUGGUUCAUCAGAGCGCCGGUGAGCGUAAUUUCCACAUCUUUUAUCAACUGUUGGCCGGAGCGGAUGAUAAAUUGUUGCAGGACUUGCAUCUGAAAAGAAACUUGGAUACGUACUACUAUUUGACGGAUGGGGCAAACGGAAAUGAUUCCAACAUCGAGGACUCCGAUCAUUUCCGGCAGGUACAAAAGGCUAUGACCGUGAUCGAGAUUCCGAAUGAGGAGCAAAGACUUAUACUGGAAAUUGUGGCCAGUGUUUUGCACAUGGGUAACGUGGGUUUCACCGAGGAAGAAGGAAAAGCCAAGAUUUUGAAACCCGAAUCCGUAACUGCUAUCGCCAAGCUUCUCGGUUGUGAAGUGGAACAGUUGCGAAAUGCAUUCACCAAUCGAACGAUUGAAGCGAGGGACGACAUCGUGACGAGUCCACUCAAUCGAGACAUGGCCAUCUACGCUCGGGACGCUUUGGCUAAAGCGGUCUAUGAUCGACUUUUCUCCUGGCUGGUGUCUCGACUCAACACUUCACUGCACUCGGAAUACAUUGUCAAGAAGAACAGUGUGAUGGGCAUUCUGGACAUUUACGGGUUUGAAAUUUUCAAAAAGAAUAGCUUCGAACAGUUCUGCAUCAAUUUCUGCAACGAAAAACUGCAACAAUUGUUUAUUGAGUUGACCCUGAAGCAGGAACAGGAGGAAUACCUGAAGGAAGGCAUUGAGUGGGAACCGGUUGAAUACUUUGACAACAAAGUUAUUUGUAAUCUGAUAGAGGAAAAGCACAAGGGCAUAAUUGCACUCAUGGAUGAAGAAUGCCUUCGCCCGGGAGAUCCGACGGAUAUGAGCUUUUUGGUGAAAAUGAACAACAAUUUGGGUGAUCAUGCUCACUACAUUUGCCAUAGCAGGGCGUCUACUACCGUCCAGAAGACGCUUGGUCGCGACGAAUUCCGGCUGGUUCACUAUGCCGGCGAUGUAACAUACAAUGUGCAUGGAUUUUUGGACAAAAACAACGAUUUACUUUUUAGAGACUUGAAGGAAGCAAUGUCUGGUUGUAAGAACAACAUCAUCGAGACUUGUUUCCCAUCUUCGGAAAUUUCGAACAAGAAGAGACCCGAUACGGCUGUGACACAAUUCAAGAAUUCUUUGAACAAUUUAAUGGACAUUCUUAUGUGCAAAGAGCCAUCCUACAUUCGAUGCAUCAAGCCGAACGAUUAUCAAACUCACGGUCAGUUCGAUGUCGAGUUGAUUCGUCAUCAAGUGAAGUACCUUGGACUGAUGGAGAAUCUGAGGGUCCGUCGAGCUGGGUUCGCUUACCGGCGAACCUACGAACUGUUCCUGCAACGGUACAAAUGUCUUAGCAAGCAAACCUGGCCACAUUACCACGGCCCAGCGAAGGAGGGCGUCCAGAUAUUGGCAUGUGAGCUAGGAUUUGACCGUGACGACUACCGAAUGGGGCAAACAAAAAUUUUCAUUCGCCUUCCGAAAACUCUCUUCGAAACCGAAGAUGCAUUCCAGGCGAAGAAACACUAUCUGGCAGCUAUCAUUCAGGCCCGCUGGAAGGGUCGCCGUCAACGGAAGAUUUAUCUGGCGACCUACGCCAAGAUUAUUGUCUGUCAAAAGUACAUUCGCCGGUUUCUGGCGAUUCAGGAGCGCAAGCGUCGCCGACUCGCAGCCGAUAAAAUACGAUUCUUCAUCAAGGGAUUCAUCACUCGGCAUGAUGAACCUAACGAGUGCAAUAAAUCGUUCAUCGAGCAUACCAAGCGGCACUGGUUGAUAAAGCUGUCCAAGCAGCUGCCCACUUCCUUUAUGAACCACACCUGGAUACCGGCACCUAAGCACUGCCAGGAUGCGUCCACCAUCUUGCGGCGGUUCCAUAAGCUACAUCUGGCACGAGUGUAUCGACUGAGUUUGUCACCGGAGAAAAAGAAACAGUUCGAGCUGAAAGUGCUUUCGCAAGCCGUGUUCAAGGGCAAGAAAAAUAACUACCCGGAAAGUGUUGGGCCUUGGUUCGUAGAUGAUCGGAUAUCCAAGAUGCAUGCAACACCGAUCAGCAACUUUGUGGUGACGCAGAUGGGCAGUGAAAAGUUGCAUUAUUCCACCCCGGUAAUCAAAUACGACCGGCACGGAUACAAACCCCGCGAGCGAUUCUUCCUGCUGUCGGACAAAGCCGUGUACCUGCUGGACGGUAAGACUUACAAGCAGAAGCACCGGCUUCCGCUGGACAAGAUAGACUUUUGUAUUACAAGCGAACGGGACGGGAUCAUGCUCAUCCGAAUUCCUCUGGAACUGAAGAAAGACAAGGGCGAUCUGAUUCUGGACGUGCCAGACAUUAUCGAGUGUUGCAUCUGGAUCCUGGAUGUGGCCGGUAAUCGCAACACCGUAAACAUCGUCGAGACGGGAUCGCUUUCGCACAAUCUAGUCAGGGGCAAGAAAGGUUUGAUUGAAAUCCAGACGGGACCGCAGCCCAGCAUUACCAAGGCAAAAAGCGGAAAUCUAUUGGUUAUUGCUGGCCAGUAACCGCCCCGCUGGUUGAAGACAAGUUGCAAUUGAUCAACAACAACAACGAAGCGAUCAGUCGCUGUGACCCAACCGGGGAGAACACACAAUCCGAGUGUACUUAGACACUAAAUUACCCGUUAUAAGCUACAUGGUUUCCAAUCUAUAACUCUUUCGUUUUGUACGCGCAUAGCGACGACAUUGAAGAAAAUGGUUCAAAGCACACAAAUUUAAUGUUAAAAUUGUGGCCUUCUAGUAGCUACCAAGUGCCAUUAGGUGAUAGAAGCUGUAAUACAACUUUAUUUUCAAACUAUCUACAAAAUUUGCUAGAGUAACGACAUUUUAAUGUAUUUUUUAAAAACAAAAAGCAAAGCUUACCAAUAAAUAUGCACCCUUAUACACACAAAAAAACUAUAAGAUAGCCAGUACAUUUUAGUUUUUAAUCUCCGUUAAAAAACAAAACAAAUAUUCAUCGCAUAUUAUUUACUUUACGCGCAAUGCGCAACACGCAAAGCUUGUUAGUUGCAGCAUCGCAGCACAUAAUAGUGAAAAGAAACCAGACAAUAAAGCAGUGUCCCCUCGUUGAUCUUGAACCCUUUUUGUUCCGAGAGAUUCAAGCCUCCGCGCCACGUGAUUUGCCUGCCACAGAGGGCCAUAGUAAAAUUUAAACUCGGGAACAGCGCGCACGAGUCAAACAAUGAUACAUUGCAACCCGAGGCUACGAGUAGCGCGUCCUGUAGCGGAAAUCGAUAUUUUCAAUAUCUAUAAAUUUCACCCAAAAGCGAAAAAACCCGGUUAGAAUAACCCUCGUAACACUAUAACCUAAACAAAAGCCUAAAGCACCAAGGGAUACAGCAGCUAGGUGGAAACAAAAAAAAAUAAACCAAGAUCCGAAGGGGACACUUUUGCCUUCUCGCGGGAUAUUCAAUCGCAGGCAGGAACGGUUACGGUCCAUAACAACCAUUAAUUAUUAUGUUUUUUCCACUGCUUUUUUACGACAUUUCUAUCGAACACAACAACCUCGUUUGGCUGUAUGUGACACAUUCGCAAAUAAUUACGCGAGCUGCCUUCUGACGCAAGCAUUCAUCCAUCGGUUAGACUUUUUUGGUAAUUUGACACAACAACAAAAUAACGAAUAAAAUAAGUAAAUGCAUUUUUGUGACCAUGGUUUUGAUCACUCGCACCUUUCUUUUACAUUUUAGAUAAAACGCUCUGCUGUGUAAAGAAUAGAACGAAAUUGUAAAUAAAAUAUAGUUACUUGCAAA